GCUCUCUAUAUCAUCGAGCAGCGUGUGAACACACUGAUUGUGGGGAUCCUGAUCACCCUCUCAGUCUUCAUUGGGGACGUACUUCAGUACAUUCCCGUGGCUGCCCUCUACGGCCUCUUCCUCUACCUUGGCCUAUUCUGCCUCAAGGGCAUGCAGCUGAUUGUUUUUCUGCGCGUUGUGCUGACUCGCCGCAAGUACUGGGGCGAGUGGGCCCUACUGGAUGGACUGCCCAACCGACAAGUGGUGGUUUUUACGCUUAUUUGGUUGCUCGAACUGACAGUGCUGCUGGUUCUGCUGAUCUUCAGUGAAUUCCCGCUUCUGCAAAAAGCUGCUGCUAGUCUGCCCUUUGUCCUGCUAUUAGCGGGCUUUUUGCGGCGAUUUGCAAUGCCACGGUGGAAAUGGAUCGCGCCCUAUCUUGACCGGGUAGAGAUAUCAAAAUACGCCUUCUUCCUUCCUUUCCUUCCCUCCUCCCCCCCCCCUCCUUUCUCCCUCCUUCUUUUUCUCCUCUUUUUCCUCCGAAACAUACGCAAGGCCAGCUAG